AUGAUCCAAAAGUACAUCGAGGGGUUCGAGUACAACUUCACAGGAGAGAACUUCUUCAACGUCAAGGGAGUUCGUCAGAACCAGAGUCUCUUCCGAGUUCUGGAAGUCGCCAAGCGCGUCAUCCGGGAAUGCUUGCCCAUCAAGUGUGUGGAGGCCGUUUACUUGGGCAUCUACCUGACGCAGACCAUGUCGGAUAUUGAGAGACUCCCCGUCAUCUUUAACUCCGAGAUCGAUGGCCACAAGUAUGGACACAUCGUGCUGGUGAUCCGCUACAACUGCAAACUUGGCGCCAUCGGCCUCAGUCGGCGACCGGACCUCAUGUUCAAGGAGUGCGAGUACAACAGCCUGUCCGAGAUCCUCUUAGAGUACAAGCGUUCUUACGAGCGCUGGUCCCAUCGACUGCACAAGAUCAAGAUCGGGAAUCUCAUCCCGCAUGAGGCGAGUCGUCGAGUAAGUGCGGUGCCCUCCUGA